GGUGGAGGAUGAAGAGGCGAGGGGGAGAAUGAGAGGAGACAGCUAGCGCAAAGGUGGGAACACAGUUUCCACCAAGAGCGCGAGUGUGCGAGGUCGAGUUUCGCUACAGCCAGCACCAUCGACUGGCGUUGCAGUGAAAGCGAUUUAGAAGCCACGAAAGUGUUGUGGAAAGAUUGAGGGAAGAGCACCGCAUCUUACUCUGUUACAAUUACACUCACGUUCCAAGGAUGAAGCGACGAACUACAGCCCAGCUGCGCACAACAUAAUACGUAUGUGCAUAGUCAGACUGUCAACGUCAAGCACGCGAUGCUUCCUCCCGACGCCAGCAACAAGCCAAUCACCACAUGCACAGAGACAACCCUGCAACCCUAGCUCGAUCAAGAUACGCAAAAGCGCGAGCAUACACAGACGCACAGGGAUAACAGUGACAACAUUUAAAAAAGAGUUUGUCCACAAUGUCAGCUCAGAAACGCAAGCGAACCGACUUUACGCUGAAGGAGAAAAAGGAGAUCAUCGAUGCUGCUGCGAAGGAGCCGAAUCAGUCCAAGUUGGCCAGGGAGAUAAGCAAGAAAUGGGGCGUCGAAGUUAAGAGAACCACUGUGAAGGGCAUUCUCAGCAAGAAGGAUGCAAUCGAGGCUGCAAUCGAAGCUGGAGUUCCAUCGGAACGCAUGAAGUUGACGCAGGCUCACGACCCGAAGCUUGAUGAGGGAGUGCUCAUGUGGCUGAAGCAAGCAAGAGGACAGAAUCUGCCUGUCAGCGGCGGUCUGAUCAAGGAGAAGGCGUUGAAAUUGGCCGAGCUGAUGCACAUUCCGGACUUCAUGGCAAGCGACGGUUGGUUGGACAAUUUCAAGAAGCGCCACGGCAUCACGUUCAAGACAGUGCAGGGCGGAGCUGGAGCGGUGGAUUCGCGAUCCCUUCUUGAGUGGCAACAACAGGUUCUCCGACCCUUAAUAGGGCAGUUCUCUGCAGACGACGUCUUCAACCUGGACGAGACUGGACUCUUCUGGCAGCUGCUUCCGAACAAGACCAUGGCUUUCAGGGGAGAGAAGUGUACAGAAGGGCUGGAAGGUGCUGCCUUUCAGAGUCGCCUACCUGUGGAUAAAAUGACAUCACAAGAAGCCAACUGCUUUCCAGAUCUGGUGAAUGGCUCACCUCAGGGCCAAAAAAUCUUUCUUUACCUUCGAAACAGAUUGCUACAACUGUGGCUGGAGAACCCCAAGCAACAGCUGACUGUAGAAAUAUGUAUGACACAAGUUGAGCCACCUUACAACAGUGAUGGUCCCUUGGUCAUGCGAGUUCAUGCCUACCUUGAACGAUAUGGCUACAUAAAUUUUGGAGUUUUUAAGCGCUUGAAGCCUAUUCCAGCUAAACGACAUGGACGAGUGAUCAUCAUUGGUGCUGGAAUUGCAGGCCUUGGAGCUGCACGGCAGCUUCUUUCCUUUGGGAUGGAUGUAGUUAUACUGGAGGCGAGGGAUCGAGUUGGAGGUCGUGUGGCUACCUUCCGUAAAGGUAACUAUGUGGCUGACCUUGGGGCCAUGGUGGUCACAGGUUUAGGUGGAAAUCCUGUGACUAUACUAAGUCGCCAAAUCAACAUGGAGUUAUACAAGAUAAAGCAGAAAUGUCCACUGUAUGAAAGCAAUGGUUCUACAGUAAUGAAAGAGAAGGAUGAGAUGGUGGAAAGGGAAUUCAACAGACUUUUGGAGACUACUUCCUACAUCUCACACCAGAUGAACUUUAAUGAGAUAAAUGGAAAGCCUGCUUCACUUGGGCAGGCCUUGGAAGCUGUCAUCAAGCUUCAAGAAAAGCAUGUGAAGGAAAAACAGUGUGAACAUCAGAGACGACUAAUUGAAAUGCAGGAGAAUCUCCGAAAGACUCAAAAUCAGAUGUUGAAUUUGAAAGAAAAAGCAGAGGAAUUACAUAGACAGUGUAAGGAGGCAGCUGAGGUGAAACCUCCCAGAGAUAUUACUGCAGAGUUUCUUGUUAAGAGCAAGCUGAGAGACUUGAGGGCUGUGUGCAAGCAAUAUGAGCAACUGCAAACUCAGCAGAAAGAAAUUGAAGACAAGUUGCAUGAGCUGGAGUCAAAUCCUCCGAGUGAUGUUUAUCUUUCAUCACGUGAUCGCCAAAUUCUGGACUGGCACUUUGCUAACCUGGAAUUUGCAAAUGCCACACCAUUAAGCAAUCUCUCUCUUAAACAUUGGGAUCAGGAUGAUGAUUUUGAGUUUUCUGGAAGCCACCUCACAGUGCGCAAUGGCUACUCCUGCGUUCCAGUAGCUCUGUCAGAGGGAUUGGACAUCAGACUAAACACAAUUGUUCGUCAAAUCAAACAUACAGCAACAGGGGUAGAGGUGGUAACAACAGCAGCAAGAUCUUCAGGUGCACCUCAGACAUGGAAGGGGGAUGCUGUACUGUGCACCUUACCACUUGGAGUAUUAAAAGAGAGUGUUAGGGGUUCUGGGCCCAAUGCUCCAGUCUUUGCACCACCCCUUCCAGAAUGGAAGACAGCUGCUAUACAGCGACUUGGAUUUGGCAAUCUAAACAAGGUGGCUCUCUGUUUUGACCGGGUGUUUUGGGACCCAAGUGCCAACCUAUUUGGUCACGUAGGCAGCACAACUGCAAGCCGAGGAGAGCUCUUUCUCUUCUGGAACCUUUACAAAGCACCUGUGUUGCUUGCACUAGUUGCUGGAGAAGCUGCAGCCAUCAUGGAGAAUGUCAGUGAUGACGUCAUUGUGGGCCGAUGCAUAGCUGUUCUCAAGGGUAUCUUUGGAAACAAUGCUGUGCCUCAGCCAAAGGAGACACUUGUGACUCGAUGGAGAGCUGAUCCCUAUGCUCGAGGUUCCUACUCGUAUGUGGCAUCUGGAUCAACAGGAAACGACUAUGACCUGCUAGCAACACCAGUCACUCCUGGACCAAAUAUUAAGCCACGUAUCUUUUUUGCUGGAGAACACACCAUCCGCAACUAUCCAGCCACUGUGCAUGGGGCUCUCCUGAGUGGCUUUCGUGAGGCAGGGCGCAUUGCAGAUCAUUUCUUAGGAGCUUCAUACAGUCUUCCCACUCCUCGACCACCUACCACACCAUCUUCAUAAGCUAUAGUGUUGUUUCAGUCAAGAUCUUAAAGCCAAUACAGCUGUUCACUGAAAACAGACAGAACCUGCUGUAGACUGCGGACCACAAGGUUUUAAGAACUUGCUGAAGCAGUGCAGUUCAUGUUCAUUUUUGCCCUAUAAUCUUUUUCUAGACUGCAUCAACUUUUAAUUGUAUUUUAUCUUGUAAAUUAUAUGUCCAAAAUGUUUGGAAUGAUCCAGGAUAGUUUUAGGCAUCUGCAUCUUCAGUGUUUUAAAAAGCUUGUUCAUUGUAACAUUUUUCUCAUUGGCAACAAAUACUAUUUUGUUAAAAAUUGU